AACUUUCACACUUCCGGGUGCCCGGCUGUACUCGUGUGAUAUCGACAAACUCUACGGCCCUAUUCUGCGGACGAUGUUGUGGGAUUGACAUUUUGGUCCCAUAUUGGCUCGAUAUCUUUGCUUUUGAUCUGCCAGAUUGCUGAGUAUUUUCUUCGAGAUGCAGAGUUUAGUAAACAGCGUAAAAGGCACUGCGCUGAAUGUUGCAGAGUUUCUGACUCCGGUUCUGAAGGAAUCCAAGUUCCGGGAGACUGGCGUGAUAACGCCGGAGGAGUUCCUGUGCGCGGGAGAUCACAUGGUCCACCACUGUCCAACGUGGCAGUGGGCGGCGGGGGACCCCAGCAAGAGCAAGCCAUACCUGCCCAAGGACAAGCAGUACCUAGUGACCAAGAACGUGCCGUGCCAUAAACGCUGCAAACAGAUGGAAUAUCAGGAGGAGAAUGAGGCUAUCAUCGACGAGGAAGAUGGGGACGGCGGAUGGGUGGACACUCACCAUUAUGCAGACCAGUCGGCGGCAGCUCAGUCAGACACAACGGAAGUGAUGGACGGCAAGGAGAAAGCACAGGCGAAAACAGCAGAUGAGGACGACGACGAUGACGACGAUGAUGAAGAAGCUGAAGAUAUGGAAGCGUAUGAGGAGAGCGGCAUGCUAGAAGCUGAAGACAGUGCCAUCUUGGAUACCACCAAGCUACAGAAGGAGGAAGGGGCAUCCGGUGGUGAGAGUGGCAUCUUGCAGACACGAACCUAUGACCUGAACAUCACCUACGACAAAUACUACCAGACGCCUCGGCUGUGGUUAUAUGGGUACGAUGAGAAUCGGAAGCCGUUGACCGUCGAGCAGAUGUACGAGGACAUCAGUCAGGACCACGUGAAGAAGACGGUGACAGUGGAAUCCCAUCCUCAUCUCCCGCAGACGAUGUGCUCGGUCCAUCCGUGCAGGCAUGCCGAUGUCAUGAAGAAAAUCAUCCACACAGUUGCUGACGGUGGAGGGGAGCUGGGUGUCCACUUAUACCUGCUGAUCUUUCUGAAGUUUGUCCAAGCGGUCAUUCCCACCAUCGAGUAUGACUACACUCGCCAGUUCACCAUGUGAUCUGCUCCGACGGUGCCAACGUAGCAGCAAAAUUAUUGAAAACUGGGCCCAUCUGUAUGGUAGGAAGUCAAACAAAACAGAAUAGAACCCAGGAAUGCCAUUUGUCACAUAAUGUAUACUCAUAACAAACUCUAAAUGGGUCGUAGCUGGUGCGCACACUUGUAUAGUCCAAAGCAUGUACUCACAAUUGGGCAUAUUCUGAAUGGGCAUAAAAUGUGGCAAAAACUUCAUUAUAUGUAUGUCCCUGUGUAAUGUUAGUUGGCCUACAUGUGUUGUGAUAAAGUUGCCUAGAGAAACAAGCUUGUAUAGCAGUGUCAAGUGGCCGUCAACCAAAACGUCAAUGCAUAAAUGUACAUGCAACUCAUGAAAUGUGACUGGAUCCAGUUAAAUGAAUCUGAAGGAAAUCUACUCUUGGUCAUUAAAAAGAGCAAACGCAGCUCUCCCUUUUGACAUACCACACUAAAGCUGGGCCAUCCAUUUGGCACUGCGCCAAUGGUCUCCGCAAAAUUCAGGCUGAGGCGUAAAGGUGGCACGAGAAAGUUGAGGGCAAAGGAAAAUAUCACAGUGUGUCAUAAAAUGCACUCAGUGGAUUUGUUUUCAAUGCUUUGCCUGCCCUUUCUGAACUUGUGAAAUUGGGGAAGCUUUGAACCAGCUGGUGCUGUAUGGCUAGGCAUCAACAUCACAUGCAAAGCUCCAGCACUCCGCAGCGAAACGAAAUGGCUACCGGUGCCUAGGGCAGAAUAGGAACUACAGACAUGACAGAAGUCUGUCAGAGGUACCUAUUGACUACAGUAGUCAUAAUUUGGCCCUGUAUCUCACAGUUUGAGAAACCAAUGAAGUGCAAAAGUAAUGAUCUGGAUAAAAACAGUGAAUAUUCCUGUUAAUUUCAAUUAGGCAAUAUCAGAUAAAUGGCCUGCACAGUGCCUAGACCAAUCAGAAAUGUGAAUUGUUGAGCGGUGCAGAUCAGAUCCAGAGGCUGUUCCGUAUUUGGAAUCUACUGCACAGUCUUAGUUUCCGAACAUAGGCCCCAACUGUUUCCUGUCUUUCAGGCAGUGUGCUCGUAUGAAUGCAAGUGUCGGUCUGAAGUUGACUUCAGUGGACCUAAAACAUAAUGAGGUCACACUUUGUUUACGCGUUUGUUUAACCUUCAGGAAAGCACACACGCAAACAAAACCUGCCAUCAUUAUGUUACAGGUCUGUUGAUGUGCCACCUUCUAGUCAGUCACGGCCUAGUUAUUGUCCUGGUGAAGGAUUAUGGAGUUGGCUGUCUUAGAGGCAUUUGUUCCAUAACCUUGACCAGGUAAUAAAUGCUGGCAGCCAUGAACUGGAGUAGUGAUUACAUGUACUUCCCUGUGAACAGUUUUAAGCAGCACACUAGGUUCACUGACCAUUUGUGAUAGGUUGACAUUACUGUGCACCUAGCUCAAAUGCAGUUCGGGCUUCAGACUCAUUUCGCGGUCCAGCUACAGUGUAUUACAAAUGUCCAGUAGUUGUGGCUGGGUUGUACAUUGAUGCCAGAGUCUACAAAAGGCUUACUUGAGAUGUCCGUGUAUUUCACAGCGCAAAAGAAAAAAAAAUUAGUAAUCCAGUGAUACAGAAUUUCAUGCAGUUCAGCAUUCGUCACAUUGUAAGGUCAGAUGCUGGGUCUAGAUUGGUCGUUUUGCAGAUGUGGAGCCCUACGCUUCUUUCCCACUUCAUUGCAGUCAGUGUAAUCAGCGACAAAAGUUUCCAUUCUUGACAGCCCUUGUGUUGGAUAAUUUAUGUUGACUCGUACAUGUACAUGAUAUCGUCAGAAAUGAAGGAUACUGUGUGUGGCCUUGUCAUGUGAUAGAGCAAUGGUUGCAAAGAGUAUAUUCAUCCAUCGUCAGACUCGCAGACGCUGUGGGUCAUUCAUGUUGUGCACUCCUAUUUAUGCUGGCUAUUCGUUCUGUUGAUUUUCAUACUUUGAAUUAUGAUGUGCCUAUUAAAGCCAGCACCCUAUGCUGUGCAUCUUUGACCAGCUUUGCAAUGCCUCAGCUUAACAACUUUAUUUACCUGUGCAGACUAGUGAUAUGUUGCUGCGCCUGUUUGAUUUCUACACCCUGGGCUCAUUUGACCUGCUGUUGAACAUACACUAACUACAGUUAUGCAUUUGCACAGGUUGAGACACGAGUUCAGAUCUGUGAAGUGUAUGACACAUAUAAUCCUGUGCUAUUUUGGAAAUGUGUGAUCGAAUGACAUGUCAGAUCUUGGAAACACCCACUUGUAACAGUUGUUGAAUUCUGUGUUGUGGGACGUGGCCAUUUUGUUUUUACAUACAUGUACAAGGGACGCAGUCGCUUUUAAGACAGGUGUUAUGCACCUUGAAGAGGCAAAACACUUCACCACAUCAAGGCAGUCAACAGCGUUUUUGUUGUAUUCGUCUUGUGAGUCGAAAAAAGGAACAGCCGAGUCUUAAGUUACUGUCAGUUUUUCUAUCAGACAGGCCGAGCAGCUGUACUGUCAUUUACGGGGUACAUGUACAUACAUGUACCUCGUAACUGACAUGCCCUAGACAUGCGCGCGCGUGUAUCCAAGUGCUGCACAUCAGGUACAUGUAUAUGAUGUACUAUUGAUGUGCUAUUACUUUUGUGUCAGUCAUCUCUACAGGCUGAUCACUCAGCUAGGACCAAUGCAAGAACACCCUGAACUUGAAGUACAAUGAAAUUAAUCACUUUGUUUUCAGAAGGUACAUCCGUAGAGAGUACGGGUGGUUUCCUGGGUUUGCAUGGAUAGCGAGGGAUUUUCAACGUCAACAGCUACAACCAAAACAGAUCAAACAUGGGAAUAGGGUGCGAAGAUUGAUUUCUUAUGUUUCAUUUCAAAUGCACAGAUAUUCCACUUUUCUUAGAACAUGGAUUCGUACGUUGUCAUUUAUCGGGCAUUUAUUUGCAAUAAUUUUUCCGUCAUGCAGAAGGAUUGACGAACAUGUACCAUCACAGUAAAGUAAUUUAAAUUACAACUUCUCUAUCAGGUGGACGUUUAUUUAUGAUUUGCAUUAUAUUUUAGUUUUAGCUGCAUUAGUUUGUCAGUUGAAUUAAAGAUUAGUUCUGAUCACUCUGAAAUAGGUUACACUUAACCGAUUGGAUGUUUAAUGUAUUAUCUGGACAGCACUCCCAAGCAGUUAUCGUGUGUUUCAAAUGAUAUGAGUCAUAUUAACCCUAACUCCUUAGGGUGUGUGCAAAAUCCUAUCAAAAUUGGAGGAUUCAGGGCUGUUAAGGGUUAUAGAAAAAGACGAAAGGAAAGUUUUGUUGUCCCAUCCGCUGAAUCCUUCCCCGACUUGUUACCCCGCCACAAUUAGCCGCAUACAGGCACACGCCUCUCUCGGAAAAGGCAUCCGCUUCUCGGGUUCGCGUUCCGCUGUAACGCCGAUGUUUCCUCGUCAUGGACACCACCGCAUUUGUGUUAGCGUUGCAGUACGAAGUACGAAUUGACGUGGCCCUGGAAGGCCGAAGCACACCUUGAAGCGGCAGGUUCACAGGUUCAUUUUAGGUGUUUUAGUGAAAAAAAAUUCUCCUUCAUGCCCGGUUUAAGCUAGAAACCGACCAGGGCUGUUGACUCUCUGUCUCACCCUCGGCCUGUAAGGCGUUGCGUGAGCCUUUGAUGUUGAACUGUGUUUUUAAGUUGAGAAUCCUAAUGCAAUGGUUUGCGGGGGAGACUUGAGGGUCGGGGGGGGGGACAAUAAUCGAUGGCUGUUUAUCGUUGCUGUUCAGUUGUACGUUUUGAAGAAACGCGUUUAAGCAGAGAAGUUACAUUAUUUGCUAACGUCAAACUAAGAUGAAAGAAAAGCGAUUUACCAUUUUUUAUUACAAAUUAUUUGUACAUAUUUACGAACGAAGACUUCUUUUAAAGUUCACUUUAAUGCUGUUUUCUGUGAAGAAAUAACGAUGAUUAUUGUAUACAAUAAAGAUGCUUAAUGUGAGAAGCAGUUAACCGAGACAAA